AUGCUAAACAAACAUAAACUUGCCUUUACAAUACUUCCCACAAACAGAGGUCAUCCAUCAUAUGCUCAAAGAAAAGUAAAUAUUCCCGAAAAAAUCGGAAUAGUUACCAGGGGCCUUGUGACAGCAGAAAAUAUCAUCAAGGUAAAAUUCCUCCCUCGUGAUACGGCCCAAAAUAGGGCUAUAGUGACUUUUAAGAACAGGCUGUCAACUAAACAGAUCCUUUCUAAUAAAAACAAUUUCCUGAGGGCUGGCUUGCUUGUGCACCGUUUCUUCGAAAACAUCGAAGACCCUUUGCCACUUCUAGGAGCACAUAGGCCAGUCAGACCAAAAACCAAAACCAGCACUGCAGAAUCCAACAGCGCUGGAAACGGUAAGCUGCUCUACCCAGAGGCUGGCAACCUUAAACAAUCUGGCAGGUUGUACAAAACCCCGCCCUCGCCAAAUAAGCUAGAAAAGGAUUUCUCGUCAAAGAAAGAACAACUCCUAACAACCUACCUCGAGCAGAUUCUACUUUCCCAGGAUGCACUAAUUGAAAGACUAUCGACCAUAAGGAACUUCCUUCCACCUCUAGCCCCGCCUCCUCCCAUGGAAUUUAAUUACAUCAAUUGUAAAUCAAAGCCUUUAACUAACGAGGAAUGGACAACUUGUCGAUAUCUGGCUCCAGAAGAAACGGGCUCUCCUACACCCCCACCAACAGCCCAGUCCAAAUUGCAACAAAUCGAACUAGUGGUGCCAGCGCCGGGAAUUGGCCCAAUCUUCAUGGACUGCCGGGGAAUCCUAGAAGCUAUUCAUGCAGAGGAAUGA